AAGUCUCAAUAUAUGGCAGCUUACAGUGCUCUAGUUUUGUUCUCUCUUUCUCUUCUCCAAUCCUUCUUCUUAGGCACUUAUGCAACCACGUUGACAAUCACAAACAACUGCAACGACAUCAUAUGGCCUGCCGUUUUACCAAACCCCGGCUCGCCGUUGAUCUCUCCGUCCGGCUUCUCCCUCAACGCUGGAGACUCCGAAACCCUACCCGUGCCCUCUGGCUGGUCCGGUCGCGUAUGGGCCCGAACCCGCUGCGCCACCACCUCUGUUGGAAAAUUCUCCUGUGCCACCGGUGACUGCGGCUCAUCCGCCGUGGAUUGCGGCGGGGGGGGCGGGGAAAUCUCCUCCACGAGCUGA